UUAGUGUCGUCCGCGUUCGUUUUAUCUCGUCGUGAUUAAAUUACCAAUCAUAUCCGUUCAGUGUGUGCAUCUGUUGAGGAAACAGUUCUGAAAAGAUACGAAUCUGGUGCGAUGGCUUAUCAGGGAGGUUAUCCGCAGCAGCAGUAUGGAGGAUACGGCCAGCAUCCGCCUGCGGCAGGUGGCUAUGGUGGGGGUUACGGUGGUUACGCCCCACCACCGCAGCAGCCCGCAGUUAACCCCGAGAUCCAAAACAUAUUCCGCAACAUCGAUAAAGACAACACGGGACGAAUCAACAAUCGUGAGCUGCAGCAGGCCCUCAUCAACGGUCGCGGGGACCACUUUUCGGACACGGCCUGUAACUUGAUGAUCAGCAUGUUUGAUCGGAACAAGACCGGCACGGUGGACAUUUACGAUUUCGAAAAGCUGUACAACUACAUCAACCAGUGGUUGCAGGUGUUUAAGAACUUUGAUCGCGACGCAUCCGGCCACAUCGAGGAGAACGAGCUGACCCAGGCGCUGACGCAGAUGGGCUUUCGCUUUUCGCCCCAGUUCAUUCAGUACCUGAUCGCCAAAAACGACCCAAUCAAUCGGAAGGAAAUUUCGGUCGAUCAGUUCAUCGUAACGUGCAUCCAGAUACAGCGCUUUACCGAUGCGUUCCGCGUGCGAGACACCGAACAGAAGGGCGUCAUUACGAUCGGGUUUGAAGACUUUCUUGGGAUUGCUCUGUCCAUGUGUUCCUAAGGAUGUGCUGACGGGGACCGUUCGCAAUCGUUUGAAAAUUCUACUUCUAGCAUUAUGGCACACGAGGUGUAACACUGUUAGCUGAUCUUGAACGAACUAUGGAGCUAUGGCAGGGCGAGAGGAUACAUGCAAUUCGAGAGAACGAAGUGGGUGAGAUGAGGACGUUGGUGGUAAAGCCUUAUUCAGUUGAAUGAAAUACGCUUUUGUGAGAAUGAAUCAAAAUAAUCCACUCAAGUAAGAUCAUAUUUGCUACAGAACAGAAACAAUCAACGCAACUAAAAUGUCCAAAGUGUAACCGUUGAAGGGAGAGACAGAGAAAGAAGCAGAGAGAGAGAGAGCGAAUGAGAGAAGAAAAAAAAAGAAACACAUCAUAAGCUAUCCCGUACCGAAACACCAAUAUUCAUCUCAUUAUACAUUUAUCUACGAAACGAAAAACCAUGCAAAUAGACGACCACAAUACCACUGUUUAUAGCCGACAGCAACAUUAGCUCAUCAUAAUUUACCCUUUAUAAAGAAAAUCUGUGGAUGGGUUAGAUGGAUAAAGCAGAUCUUGGCGAGAAGGCAGGCGGUAAAGGACAUAUAUACACACAUCUGUAGCCGUAAGGAGGUUCCUUUAGUUCUGUGUGCUGGAAUAAGUUAUAUCCCUGAGUUGAUUGGCAAUGGUUUCUGCGCAUUAGGGCCAUCGCCGCCUUAUGUGGUAAAAGUUUUUCGCAACCGCCGGAACGUGACGCGGCAUCGUGUGUGGUGACUUUGGCGGUGGCAUCGACAGCGACCAGAAAUGCAUUCUAUAUUUUAACUAUCGAAAAUAAAUGUGUAAU